UAACCACUGUACUGUACUCGUCUCAACUGCAUGUGUUAAGCCUCAACUCUCAAGUCAGGCCAUGCGCUCCCUUAUCAUAUCCUUCAAUUCCCCUCUCAAGUCAGACCAACCACAUCUAAUAAUAUCCUGACCUCUCCCUUCAAAUAAGUUCUCUCCCACAUCUCGUUCCUUUCCUGCUAGAUCACUGAUCACAUGGCUCAAGAUCAUCACCCAAUCCCUCCCAGGAACACCGAUCUCACCACCACUUCCCGGUGGCCGCUUCGACGGAGGCUUUCCCUACGUAGGCGUAAACUGCCCAUAAUACGUCUAGGAGGAGAGAAGCCUCGACGACGAGGGAUGCUUUUGUUGAGGAUGUUAAGAGGAACGCGGUUGAGGUGGCUAAAAUUGCGAUACCUAUGCAUGUUAAAGAAGCUUAAGGAAUGUUAUCGUAAUUUUAUUAACGAUCUGUCGGUAUCUGGAGCGACUAUAGAGGCUUAUCAACAAAGGCUUUUAAUGGAGACCUCUUUUGCUGUUCCUGGCAUGGGUAUUACUUUCUCCAACUUUCUUUCCGUUCAGGCUGGAUCCAAUCCCUCUCGAUCGUUCAUGACGUAAAAUGUGUUUUUUUUUAAGAAAAAUAAUUAAGUUUAAUUUCAAUGAUGUUAGAUUAAUUGUGAAUCUUUUCUUUCUUUCUUUCUUUGCUUCUUAAUAUUUUCGUUUUCUUUUAUAUUAAUUAAUUGUAGUAUUGGGUUCUGUCUCGUUUAUGAUUGCAUUUAUAUAAAGGAUUAUGUUUUAUUGAUCA